AGAGAAUGCGAGAACACCUAUCCUCUUUUUUUUUUUUUUUCCUAUAGCACCAUCACCAUCUGUCCCUUUCUUCCAUUUCAUGUGCUCAAGCAAUAUCCACACCCCUCUCAUAGCAACAGCACAGCGCCGCCGCCCCCCGCGCCUUGCAGUGAAUUUUUCUUCCCCUGGAUCUUCGCCUCGCACCAUGCAGACGGUCCCUUGGCCCUGCCUGACGGUUCAGUGUUCCCCCCUCCCCCACCAGCCGUGCUCCUGUUUCACUCAAAGAUGGCGUCGGCUCUAGAACCCCUGGUCUGUGGCUGCAAUUUUAGGCUUGUUGUUGUCUCCGUUUCGCACGGUUUUGGCACCUUCUUCUCAGCGGCUCGACACGAAAUUCCGGAUUCCUUGGUGACUGAAAUGCAGUAGGCAUGAAGGUGAUCAGCCCUGGCUGCUCCCGGGGGUGAGAUAUCUGUUCCGUCCCAGAGCUGAGAGGGCCAAACUACUUGGAAGAGUGAAAGCCAGCGAGAGAGAACAAGUAAAGGACGAAGAAACUUUGAUGCAGUAAAAAUAUUGUGGAAUUUUAUACUCCACAGAAAACAAAUUUACUGUGUUUCCCUCGCAUUUAUCACUGAAACACUAAUUUCACGUCUUCAAGACCAUGAUCAUCUUCUACGGCUCACAUUGAGACUUGGCAAGCUUGCCAUUGACAGGCAACUGAAUGAACAGGUGUUAUUAUCCAUGCAUAGAUAUUUUGCAACAGACAACGUGGGAAAUACCUUAUUUUUGUGAAAGCCCCUUUUAUUGUCAGUAUCUAGUCUACCCUACUGUGUGUGUCGCGGGAGUUUUACGUUGCUAAUACACCUUUCUGCAAUACUUCCUACACUCCCCCUGCUUCUUGCCAGGGACCUUCACCUGGUUGGGAGUGGGUGGAGGGUAGACUGCAUUUUACUGAGUGGAGGGUUGCCUCUGGGGGUUUGUGCUAUGGUCAGCUGCUCAUUACCGUGCUGCUCAUACUCAGCUUCUGAGGGACUCUCUGUGCGACCCCAGGACAAAGGAUAGUAAGCAGGCAGAGGGCGAAGAGGAAGAGGCGGCGGCGCUACGGCGCAGGCCAGGUGUUUGCUUGGCUUACACUCCCUUUUUUGUGUGUGGUUGUUGCAAUAAGACCUCAGGGCCGCUGCACCCACUCAGACCGCAGCCAUGGUGAAACUGGCCAACCCAAUGUACACCCAAUGGAUCCUAGAGGCCAUCAAGAAGGUGAAGAAGCAGAAGCAGCGACCAUCAGAGGAGCGCAUUUGCAAUGCUGUCUCCAUGUCCCACGGUCUGGACCGCAAAACGGUUCUCGAGCAGUUGGAGCUUAGCGUCAAGGAUGGUACCAUUCUUAAGGUCACCAACAAAGGUCUCAACUCUUACAAGGACCCUGACAACCCUGGGCGCUUGGCUCUGCCCAAACCCAAAGGUAGUGUCAGCUCUGGAGGAGGUGGAGGUGGAGGAGGAGGAGGAGGAGGAGGUGGCAGCAGCAGUAGUGGUGCUAGCUCUCAUUCCCAUUCAGCUAAGAAACCAGGACUCGACUGGAACAAGUUGAUCAAGCGGGCACUGGAGGGGCUUCAUGAGCCUGGUGGCUCCAGCUUAAAAAACAUUGAACGGUUUCUCAAGUGCCAGGCUGAUGUGGCGGCCUACCUGUCAGGCAGCGGUUCCAUGGGGCCUGGCCUCUUCCACCAGCAGCUGAGGGUAGCCUUGAAGAGGGCUGUGGCCCAUGGACGUGUAGCCAAGCAGGGUCCACUGUUUCAGCUUGUCAGCCGCAGCACCUCUCUGGAUGACGGGACCGGCACAGUGUCUCUGGAAUCACUGCCACCUGUUCGGUUGUUGCCCCAUGAGAAAGACAAGGCAAGCAAUACUAGAGUGAUGCUGGGUGGGCGGCUGGUGGGCCAGUUUUCAGCAGAGGAGGCCGAGGAAGAGCCGGUGGCAGAGCCCAUCCCCAUCUGCAGCUUCUGUUUGGGGACCAAGGAGCAGAAUCGCGAUAAGAGGCCAGAGGAACUCAUCUCCUGCGCUGACUGUGGCAACAGUGGCCACCCAUCCUGUCUCAAGUUCUCUCCAGAGCUCACAGCGCGAGUCAAGGCUCUGUGGUGGCAGUGCAUCGAAUGCAAGACUUGCAGCAGCUGUCAAGAUCAAGGAAAGAAUGCUGACAACAUGUUGUUCUGUGACUCCUGUGACCGGGGCUUCCACAUGGAGUGCUGUGAUCCUCCACUCACGCGGAUGCCAAAAGGCAUGUGGAUUUGUCAAAUCUGCCAACCCAGGAAAAAGGGAAAGAAGCUUUUACAUGAAAAGGCAGCACAAAUCAAACGGCGCUACAACGCCCCACUGGGACGGCCCAAGAACAGGCCGGGGCGGCCCUUCAAGAAGCUGGGUGGACGUGGUCGGCGAAAGCGCUCAGCCUCAGCCAACUCAUCCUCCAGCUCAUCCUGCGAGGGUUACCCAGGUGAUGACCGGCUGCUUUUUUCACUGCGGGACGACGAUGACCUGUCGCAGAGCAACCUGCGCUUUAACAACAAGACCAAGGGCCUAAUUGAUGCCCUCACAAAGUUCUUCACACCUUCACCUGAGGGCCGUAAGGCACGGCAGGAAGUGGUGGACUACUCUGAGCAGUGCCGGAUUCGAAAGAAAGCCCAUCGCAAAGGAGAAGGAGAUGAUAGAGGGGACAAUCAGGAAGGCAGCGACUGGCGUGAUGAAGAUGACAAACUACCUGGCCACGAGAACCUGACGGAGAAAGACAUUGAACUGUUCAGACACAUCCAGGAGCUGGCACUACAGAAGGUCGGUGUGACAGGUCCACCAGACCCUCAGAUGCGCUGUCCAUCGGUCAUCGAAUUUGGCAAGUUUGAAAUCCAGACAUGGUAUUCAUCUCCCUACCCACAGGAGUACAGCAGAUUACCCAAGCUCUACUUGUGUGAGUUUUGCCUGCGCUACAUGAAGAGUCGCAGCAUCCUCUACCAGCACAUGAAGAAAUGCAACUGGUUCCAUCCCCCUGCUAAUGAGAUCUACAGGAAAGAUGAUGUUUCUGUAUUUGAGGUUGAUGGGAACGUUAGCACAAUCUACUGUCAGAACCUGUGUCUGCUGGCCAAGCUGUUCCUGGACCACAAGACCCUGUACUAUGAUGUGGAGCCCUUCCUUUUUUAUGUCCUAACCCAAAAUGAUAACAAAGGUUGCCACCUUGUCGGCUACUUCUCCAAGGAGAAGCACUGUCAACAAAAAUACAAUGUAUCAUGCAUCAUGAUUCUUCCACAGUACCAGCGCAAGGGCUAUGGACGCUUUCUCAUUGACUUCAGCUACUUAUUAUCCAAACGGGAGGGCCAGCCAGGAUCUCCGGAAAAGCCUCUGUCAGACCUAGGUCGGCUAUCCUACAUGGCCUACUGGCGCAGUGUGGUGCUUGAAUGUCUCCAUGAGGUCCGUGACCGACAGAUCACCAUUCGGCAACUUAGCAAACUGACUGGGAUCUGCCCGCAGGACAUCACCACCACCCUACACAGCCUCAACAUGCUGGAGCAACGAGGAGACAGGCUGGUCCUGGUGCGAAGGGAGAAGUUGGUGGUUAGUCACAUGGCUCGUCUCACGGCCCGGCCACGGCAGCUAGAGGUCGACCCUGAGUGUCUUCGCUGGACUCCUGUCAUUGUAACUAACACUGUGGUCUCUGAUGCUGAUGGAGAUGAUGAUGAUGAUGAGGAGGAGGAUGAGGAGCCAGAAGAAGACAACCGCAAAGAAAUCAAACCAAGUCAUAAGGUCCCACCAAUGUCUUGGCACCUGCGCCAAGGGAAGAAGAGGGACGAAGAGGAGGAGGAAGAGGACGACGAAGAAGAAGAGGAAAGAAAGGGCUUUCUGGGGUUUCCCAUCAGCCAGAGCUCUCCAACUUCCCCUUCCAUCCGCUGUCCACCCUCUGUCCCAGAACCAGCACGACCUCCUCCUCCUACAAAUGGAGAACGCAGACCACGGGGACGCCCACCCAAAAACUGGCCUUGGGGCAAGGUGAAAGACAGCACACGGAUGGGACGGCCACCUAAGAUCCGUCCAGCAGAGGAUGAGGACGAUGAAGUUGAGGAGAGAACAGAGGGUGGAAAAUCCACAGGCUCUGCCAGUGGCCCCCCCUCCCUUUUCUCACUGGACAGACAAGCAGGGUCCACAGGCUUUCACUCACUGGACAUGGCCAGACACCCCUCCAUAACCCCCACACGAAGAGGGCGGCCCCCAAGGAAAAAGAGAGGCCCUAAGCCCAGACUGACGGAAGGGCCUGCAGAGGGGCUGGCCCAGCUUCCUGCGGUUUCCAGAUUGAAUGAGUCUCUCUCUGUCAGGAAAAGCUGUUUUAGUGAAAGCAGUGAAGAUGAGGAGGAGGAUGACGACGAUGAUGAAGAUGACGAAGAGAGGAGGGCAUGCUCCCCACCUAUCCUCACCAAACCUGCCAUGGGCCUCAAAUGCAAGCCACUGAGGAAGCGUCGCAUUCGCCAGCGAAGCCACCCUCACAGCAGUGUGGUGACAGAGACAAUUUCUGAGACCACAGAAGUGUUAGAUGAGAGCUUUGUAGACUCAGAUUCAGAGCGGCCUAUGCCCAGGCUGGAGGAGGAGACACCUCUGGGUCACCCACUGCACCGCUACCCCCCAGCUCGCUCUGCUCUGAGGUUAUCUGACCCAGCACCCAAAAGGGGACGGCACUCCAACCUCACAGAUUCAGAGGAUGACGAGUUAACACCUGUGCUGAAGCCUGUGGGCGUCAUGCCGGUUAUGCCAUCAGAGACCCUAGCAUCCAACCCUGACAUCCCAGUCAAGAAAAAGAAAGGCUGGCCCAAGGGCAAAAGUCGCAAACCGCUGCACUGGAAGAAACGGGGACCUGGAAAACCCCCCAGUGGUGGGCCCAAUCAGCGAGCAUCUGUAGACAGCCAGGGCCAAGGUGGGGAUCCUCCACCCCCCAAAAUUAAGAUGAAGCCUGGCCGCAAGCCCCGGAGCUGGUAUCUUCAGCGGGCCCAGGAAGAGGCAGAGAGGCAGGAGCAGGAAAGACAAAGGCUGUUGGAACAGCAACUGGACAAAGAUCCUCAGCUGCUUCAGACUGAUGACCGCAAACGAGUCUGCAGAACCAACACUGACAGAGACAACAAACAGAAAGACUCUGACGAAGAAGACGACUAUCUCCCUAAGCCUGUUGAGCAGAAGGUGCCAAAGAGGCGAGGGAGGCCACCCAAGAACCGUGCUCUCCACCAGCCGCCACAGCCUGCCCCCAAACCACCUCACGCCUCUGAGCCAGAGGAGGAAGAGGAUGAAGAGGAGGAGACUGAAAGAACUUGGGAGGAAGACAAACCCAGCCGUCCACCUUCUCAUCACCUACUGUCCCCUUCUUCCUCUUCUUCCACCUCAGGGCCCCGGGCCCUACAGUCCCGGACUCAGGAUACAGAUAUGGGUGACAGAGAAGAAGACGAUGACGAUGAGGAGAGAGAGGAAGAAGAAUGUGGCAGUAUGGGUAGCAGUGGUGGUGCUAUCAACAGGCGAGCAGCAGUCACACCAGGUUCAGGAAGCAGGCGCAGUGAAGACCACGAUGCAGACGAUGAAGGUGAUGGGCACUUGGAGAACAAGAGCAGCAGCAGUAACAACGGCAGUAAGAAGAGAAAAAAUCAGGACUCUGAAGAUGAAGAAGAUGAUGAAGAUGAAGAGGAGGAGCCUGCCUCCCAUGCAAGCUCUCCUCCGGUCAAAGAGGAACCCCAAGGUGGAGAGGCUUUUUUAGACAUGGAGAACAGCGUGGCCCAGGACUAUGUCAGCAAGCAGGAAGAAGAGGAGGAGGAGGAGGCUGAGGAGGAGGUGCAGGAGGCCAAGUGUCAUCCCUCAUCAGCAGACCCACAGCAGGAGGAGAGGCGGCGCAGAGAGCAGGAGGAGUCUGCUGCAGCUGCUGCAGCAGUGGAAACAGUUACGGCCAUGUCUGUUCCCUCUGAGCCCAUGGAGCUCCAGCCUCUGCACCCAGACGACAAGGACGUCACGCUGUUGAUGGAACCCCAACACACACACUCACACUCCCACACUCAUCAGCACUCUGACUUCAAAGAGGAGCUUGGCCACCAUCACCCACACCACCCCCAUCACCACUCCAAUGAGCUGGACCUGGAGACUAUGCAGGCUGUCCAGUCCCUGACACAGGGUGAAGCCCAGGAUGAAGAGAGUGAAACCCAGCCACACCAUGGCGCCUACCAGGACUGUGAGGAGACCCUAGCUGCCUGCCGGACCCUACAGAGCUACAGCCACACAGGGGAGGCUGAGGAAGAGGCGCUGGCAUUAGUGGAGGAGUGCGGGGCCUCCCAACACAGUAGUCCCCUCCCUAAUCCCCCAGUGCCACCCCUGCCCAGUCAGUCUGUGCGCUCAGUGAACAGUCCGGGAUUGUCUUCAAGCAUCAUGGACACAACUCCUUCAGGGCAGAGGGGAGGGACGCCUGGUCCUACAGGGGCAGGGGCCAGUGGUGGAGGUGCUGGAGGUGGCUAUACCCAGAUCACGCCAGAGCAUCCCAGUUCUCUUUCUGCCCCCUCCCAGCAAAAUAUGGAAACAUCGCCAAUGAUGGAUGUGCCAUCUGUGUCAGACCACUCGCAGCAGGUAGUGGACAGCGGCUUCAGUGACCUCGGCAGCAUAGAGAGUACUACAGAGAACUACGACAACCCCAGCAGCUAUGACUCCACCAUGGGCGGAGGAGGCAACGGAACAGGGAAUGGUGGGAACAGUGGGGGAAUGUCAGCUGCUGUAGUUGCAGGAGCUUCCACAGCUUCCUCAUCAUCAGCCUCCUCUUCUUCAAGCUCAGCCACACCGUCCUCCUCCUCUCAGUCAAAUAGCUGCUCUUUUGUUCCAGCCCCUAGCCUCACAUCUUCCACAGGAGCUGGAAGUUCACAACUAGCGAUGGGCAGUUGCAGUCUCAUCCAGCAAACAGGGCCAGGGCCCAACAGCGGACCAGGUACCACUAAUGUAGGCAGUGCUGUACCCCAGCCCCCACCACCCCCACCGCCGUCCAACACCCCCAGCUGUGGCAUCAAGUCUCCUCAGAGCUGUGGUGUGAUCGAGAGGCCGCCCAGCACCAACCAGCAGCAACAGCAGCAGCAGUCCCAAAAAAAGGUUCCUCAACAGCCUCCUCAACAGCAACAACAAGCCCCCAACCCACAACCUCCACCAUCAGCCCCACCACCACCGCCGCAGCAACAACAGCAGGCCCUGUCCCAAUGUAGCAUGGGCAAUGGCUUUGCCUCCACACCCAUGAUCAUGGAGAUCCCAGAGAGUGGAGGCGGAGGAGGGGGCCGCACCCUAUAUGAGCGCAUGGGUCAGGACUUUGGCACAGGGGGCUACCCCCAGCCCUCAGCAACUUUCAGCCUGGCCAAACUUCAGCAGCUCACCAACACCAUCAUGGACCCUCAUGCUAUGCCCUACUCCCAUUCAGCCUCAGUCACCUCCUACGCCACCAGUGUGUCUCUCUCCAACCCUGGCCUGGCCCCUUCACCCCACACUCCCCUCCCGCAGGGCCAGCCCACUAUGACCCCACCUCCUAACCUUAGCUCUGGCUCCAUGAACCUGGGCUCCCUGCAGUUGCAAUGCAACAUGCCUACGACCAACAUCGGUCUGGGACCCCCGCCGCAUACACAGCGGCUACAGGGCCAGAUGGCUACAGUUAAAGGUCAUAUUUCCAUUCGGUCCAAAGCCACUCAGCAACUGGCCCCGGCCCCACACCAGCAGCAGCUCUAUGGCCGCAGCUCAGGGGCUGUGGCCAUGCAGGGCACACCGCGCACCUUGGCGGUACAACGUGGUAUGAUGCCAAACCUCAUGCCUACACCGGCACCAUACAAUUCCAUGAACAUGACACCCCUCAAUGCCAUGUCAGCCAGCUACCGAAUGCCCCAGCCCAUGAUGAACAGUGGCUAUCAUGGCAAUCCCCCUUACAUGAAUCAGCCAGCCCAGUACCCCAUGCAGAUGCAGAUGGGCAUGAUGGGAGGGCAGGGUUACCCGCAGCAGCCUAUGCAGCCCAAUCACCAUAGCAACAUGAUGUAUACCGGUCCCUCCCAUCACAGCUAUGCCGGUGUCCCAAAACAGUCACCAUACAUGAGCAGAUGAGCAGCCAAGAACUGAAAAAGGAGAUAUGGGGCCAGAGCUGAUACUCGCUGUACUCUAAAUGUUCAUUACUCACACUCUCCAGUGCCAAGGCUGGCGCAAGUGAGGUUAGGUGACCAAGAGACAGAGAGGGUUUUUGGGUUUCCCCUUUUUCUAUGUUGUCAUUUUGUCCCUUUUUAUUUGGGCUCAUUUUUCCUCCCCUCCCAGCUGGCUGCAUAUGGGAGCAAGUUGGUAGGAUUCUGGGCUUGGGCUGUGCCACACUGCUUCAAGCCAGGCCUACGCAGUCCUUUGCAAUGUGGUUUCUCAUAGGCCCAGAAGUCUCCUCCUCCUCUUCCUCUUCAUGUGAAGCAGGAGAAUAGAGGAGGAAAAGAAUAAGCAAGAUGCACAGAGAAGUACAGUACAGGAGUACAUUGCUUUGUCUGACUGCAAAUGAAAAACAGUGAUUAACUGAACAGUACUCAACCAUGCACACAAUCUUUUAAUUGAUAUGGGAAGCCUUACCUUGGAAAAAAAAGAGACAAUGAAACAUUGUAGGCGGACUCUUGAUUUGUUAAACAUAAUGUCGAAUCCUAUUUUUGUUGUUGUUGUUUUUGUUGAUUGUUUUUUCGAAAUACUCGUGUGCAGUCCGACCUCUUAUAUGCUUUGGUCUUUAUAUAUGUGGCAUUCUGAAUUGGUGAUACACCUUUUUGCUCUCUCAGAAAUAAGCAAACUAUGUGGCCACCUGGUCAGACAGCUGUUGUUUCCAGAAAAGCAGAGGAAUGGGGCCUGCGAUGUUUGACCUGGUGAUUUGUUUCUACAGUCUCUGGCUUCCCGGAUGAACAGUGUACCAAAAAUAGAAAAGACAUGGAAGAGAGGAGUGUUUUUCUGUCUUUCUAUAUGUCCAGAAAUGAAAGAAGUAGCAUUAUUUUCCAGUUUGCUGCCACAAUGAAACGUUUAGAUGUAAAUAUUCUGGUACUUCCCAAUAUCCAGACACACACACACACACACACACACACACACACAUAUACAUAUACACAAACACACACAUAUAUACACAAACACAAACACAAACUGGCUAGCCAAUCGGUGGCUAGCUCAGGAAAGUACAACAUUCAGCUGUUCUUGUUCACACUCCACUGACAGACAGUGUAUUAUGUCAGCCUUUUUAGCAGUUUAAGGAAUGCAGAACAAACAGUGGGAUUUCCAUUUAACUGCUUUAAGGAAAGUCAGUUAUCUAUUGCUGACUUCCCUCCUUUAAGUGUUAGUGACCCAAAUAGGUCGAGGAGUCUGCUUUUGAACGGUGUAUUUUUUCUGUAUUUUUAUUUUAUUUUUUACAUGUAAUUUCUGCGAAACUCUGCACUCUCAUUGGCUAGAUGUAUGGUGGUAGACAGGUAGCCUUUUUAAAAGGUUUGCCUAAAUGCCUGAUCUAGUGCAUGGUUUGGCCCUCACAUAGAGGCACACUCAAAUGAAAGCAGGGUCGGAGGUGAGUAAGUGCUCGAGGUCCUGUUGGAAGUGGCGUUUAACUGGCAGGGGUGAAACAGUUGACCUUGUUGCUCCAUGUACCAGUAUUCAAAGUCAAAAGAGGAGUUUUCAUUUCCUUGCAGACCUGACAUUGCAUACUUUAUUUGUGUGUAUUGUUCUGUUCUGUACUUAUUUUUUGUUGUGUUUCUUUCUGAAUUUUUUCAGACUGGGCAGCUUUCUUUUAUGACACAAGCUGACUCUUUUUGACUUUAGAAAACCUAUUGUAGAGAAAAUGUUUUUUCUAUAAUAUAAAAGGAAACUCUGACAUUGAUAUUGGUACUGUCAUUUUUUUCACUUCUGUUUCAGGAAAAAAAACAAUACAUAUUUUUUAGCUCGCCUCUUGGGUAAUAAUUACUAAGAAAUUCAAAAUUUAAAAAAAUUACCACUCACUUUUAGUGACUUUAAGAUGCCUUUAACCUCUCCAUUCCAUCUCAUCUCUAGAGUUUUUCUAUCUUUGUGUAGUAUAUUAAUGCUAUUUUAAACAAAAGGACUACAAAUAUCUAAAGGUCACUUGGCAUUUUUUUUUUUUUUUUUACUUCCUGUGUGUGUAUAGGAUGACUUCCUUACAUUUGAGAGGCAUGUAAAAAGGAGCUCAGUAUAUUUCUGUCUGUUUAUAUCGCUUCCCUUUUUGUAUCCUUUGUAAUUGUACAUGUUGCGUUGUAUGCUAAGAGAGAGCGCAAAAUAAAGAGAGGAGUGACAGCUGUGCACAGUGAAGGUUGAUUUGCGCUCAGCGGCCUCAACUCUACUCUGUCCCUGUAUGUAUUUCCAUUUAUUCUGUUUUUUUCUUUCUUUCUUAGCAAGUACUUUCAAAGAACUCUGUACAUUUUAACAUAAAAUGAAAAUAAAUUAUGUUGAGCCAUUCA